UGCGCACUGGAGAAGCGCGAAGAACGAAAACUGGUCUUUUCGCAGUUAUGGACUCUGGUGAACUGCGGAUGCUCCCCCACUACUUCGGCACUCUUUCCGCGGCGGGAAGACCAGGGAAGACUAACUGUCAAUUCUCCUUGUAAUAAAUAUUAUAUUUUAGUUUUAUUAAAUUGUUUACGAAUAAAAGUUAUUCAUUUAUAAUGUUUGAACAAAAAUAUAGUUGAUUGAUAUAUACGUUUCAUUGGUGUUUUGAAUGAGGUUAUGGGUAUGACUUAACGCACGUGUUAUUACUGACUUAAAGACGGGUUAUUAAUUACGAUAUGAUCAUGAAGAGUGAGAAACAAAACCUUCAGGGUUUCAAAACAUUAUGGAUUCAAUUUAAUAGAAAGAACACAGACAAACAUCAAUUGUUUCUUAAAGAGCAUUCCAUUAGAAAUCAGUUACCAGAACAUCCGAAAGGAAGAACAUUAUUUGUUCUAAAUGUACCACCUUACGUUACACCUGAAGCAUUACAGAAAGCGUUUAGCCAAAUUUGUGGAAAGGUUACUAAUGUUUUCUUUGUAACGCCAAAAGGGUUUAAAACAGCAUAUGUAGUUUUUGAAAAAGAAACUACAUUAGAAAAGGCAUUAGAACUUCCUGCAAACCAUAUGAUAUCAUUAAAUAGAAAAGAUAAUGUUUGCUUAACAGGUUUAGCAAAGUGGUGUAAGGAAUACAAUGAGUCAAUAUGUGAUGAAGAAAAACUGAAGAAGGAAAUUGAAGACUAUAUGUUGGAUUAUGAUAAAAAGAUAGCUGAGAAAAAAGCAAAUGAAAAGGCUAUAGAAGAAGAAGCUGAGGAUAAUGAUGGUUGGGUAACUGUAAGUGCACGGAAGAAGAGAGGAGAAUAUGCUCUCUCUAGAAAAGAGUCUACUAUCAAUAAAGUACAACAUAAGGAAGAGCAGAAAAAUAAGAAAAAGCAAUUGCUUAACUUUUAUACUUUCCAAAUUCGUGAGAGUAAAAAACAAAACUUGGCCGAGUUAAGGAAAAAGUUCGAAUUAGAUAAACAAAGGUUACAAAGUUUAAAAUCUAAAAGAACUUUUAGGCCUUUUUAAUUUUGUAUCCUUAUUAAGUGAAAAAUUUACGAAUUAAGUUGACAAUUUUAACACGAAAUAAAUAUUUAUUAGAUCUUAAAAAUUUUGUUUAUAUUUACAGCUAUGAUUCAGUCAUGUAUACUGUUAUACAUUAUGUACAGUUCAAACAUAAAAUACAAUAUUAACAUAAUACAAUGUAAUUAAGUAGCUUUAGAUGCAUAGGUUUGUAAUGUCCAUUCGAUUAAGAAAUGUUGGUACGAUAAAGGUUGUAACAGAGCUAAUAAUUCUUCUGUAACAAAAACAGAAAAUUACACAUUGCAAUUGUGAUUUUUUAUAUAUAUAUUUUAUAAUUAUAAUGAUACAUACGUUUGUUACCAUAAAUGCAAUUUGCGGACAUUGCUGCGCUAACCGCCUGCGCGAGUCGUGCCAUAGCUAAAUCGUGUAGAGUUGAACUGACGUUUACUUGAGACUGUAAACUCGUAGUCAAAGUACGAGUAGUAGCUGCGAAGUGCUGGGCUGAUAUAGCAUGUUUGUUGUUUCUACUGUUCUUCAAUCUUAAUACUGAAUCCAUUAGUAGUUGUUGAAUUUUAGAAUAAAGUUUUCUUUGUUCUUCAGAAUUCUCCGCAUUUUCUACGGUAUUAACACGUAGAGGUGAUAAAAUACACCACCUGAUGAAAAAAAGAUACUAUUCAGACGAACAUUUUAACACUUAACCGACCGCUUCCGAGAUUUCUCGUGUUUCAAUGCUGAGAUGCGGUCCUUUAAGUAUUAAGGUAUAUUUCAUAAGAGUCUUGUUUAAUUUACCUGAAUAAACCUGCUAUGGGUGUUAUCGGUGUCAUAGGAAUGCCACCAGUUGGUAAAGCAGGAUUAUCCAUUAAAGGAGUUAACAGAA